AUGGCAAACUAUCAGAGAAUCGAUGCCCUUCGUACAUCAAGAACAGAUUGGAGGAUUAGAGCAUUCGUUGUUAAAAGGUGGGAAGAAACUAUUCCAGGAGCAGAUGUUUUCUUGCACUACAUACUUACAGACGAAAGUAAUCGAAAAAUUCAUGCAUCUGUCAAACGGGAAUAUUUCAAUCCUUCUUUCAAAAGAAAUCUUCACGAAGGAGAAUGGAAAGAAAUCGAAGAUUUCGUGGUUGUUAGAAAAGUUUCUCCUUUCAGAUUUUCAGAGUACCACUUGGAGAUGGUUUUGGUUGAAAAUACCAAAAUAAGACCGGUGGAAAAUGAUAACCCACCGAAGUACAUGAAGUUCAAGAAACUUCAAGAUGUCUUUCUCGGAGAUAUCUGUACAGCGUACCCUGUUGGUGAACAUCAACUGGUGGGAAUUGAAGGACCGUCUCGGUUUGAGGUGGAUGUUGAUAUACCAGAGGUCAAACAGUUGAGAGAAACCAUUCUCGCGAAAAUCCGCAAUGAAUAUGACGAUGAAAGCUCGGAAGAUUCUUGA